UGGCCGGACAGAACCUCAGCUUCGGCGUCCUCCUACCUGACUUUCAAUGGCUCGACGCCUGCGGACCCGUUGAUUACAUCAACAGCCACUCGCGGGCCAUGCUCAAGUUCCUCCGCCAGCACGAUGAGACCAUCUCCAAGGGCCCCAUCAUCGCCUGGCACUACAUAUCGACGGACCUCACGCCUGUCCGCGCAAGCUCGGGGCCGCUCAUGCUCCCGAGUACCACCUACGCAGACUGCCCUCCGCUGGACUACCUCAUCGUCCCGGGCCCGGACCCCACCGUGCCAACCUCAGAAGCCUGCUCUGCGUUCCUCAAGGCCCGCUUGCCUGAGCUCAAGAACUUGCUCCUGGUGGGCACUGGCUCAAUGGCCGUCGCGCAAACAGGGAUUUUGGACGGGCUGCAGGUGUGCACGAACAAGGUCGCGCUGAAGAUGGUUGCGCAGGCAGGGAUGCAUAAUAUGAAUGUGAAGCGGGUGAGGCAGUGGGUCGUGGAUGGGAAGGUAUGGAGCUCGGCGGGGGUUACGUCGGGUUUGGAUAUGGCGGUUGAGUUUGCGAAGGUGAUGUUUGACCCUGUUCCGGUGGCGCUGACGAGGGAGGUCUUGGAGUAUCAGGCGAGGGAGCCUCAGCCGGAUCCGUUUGCGUAUAUCCUUGACGGGGUUGAGCUUUGAG